UAUAGCUGAUCAGCAACACCUGUGACACCUGCAGGAUGGGUAUAUGAAACCUGCCGUGUGGCUCAGAUCGUAUUUUCUGUUGGUGGCUGAAGUAAUGGGAGCGUUUUGGGCCUUGCUUGUUUUUGUGCUGACUGUCUGGUUCACCAAAGGCUCUGGUUGGCCAGUUGGUGGCACAAAUGUGAAUGGUAAUGGGCCGCAAAGGGCAAUGAGAGAGCUGUCUCCUAAUGAGCCCUCCAUAAAGAAGGCCCUUACGCUUCACCAGUCUGAGUCUGUGUUCCUGCGGAAGUCAAAAGAAGUCCAACUGGAAACUAACGAAGUGGAGGUUAAGGCAUCAGCUGCCUACCUGAAAGCUGUUGAACAUGCGCAUAACGACGGCGUUCCCAUCGGCGCCACGCUGGGCGACUACGGCGGCGCCCUGCUCAACGGCUCGCUGGGCGACUACGGCGGCUACGGCGGCGCCCUGCUCAACGGCUCGCUGGGCGACUACGGCGGCGGCUACGGCGACGCCCUGCUCAACGGCUCGCUGGGCGACUACGGCGGCGGCUACGGCGACGCCCUGCUCAACGGCUCGCUGGGCGACUACGGCGGCGGCUACGGCGACGCCCUGCUCAACGGCUCGCUGGGCGACUACGGCGGCGGCUACGGCGACGCUCUGCUCAACGGCUCGCUGGGCGACUACGGCGGCGGCUACGGCGACGCCCUGCUCAACGGCUCGCUGGGCGACUACGGCGGCGGAUACGGCGACGCCCUGCUCAACGGCUCGCUGGGCGACUACGGCGGCGGCUACGGCGACGCCCUGCUCAACGGCUCGCUGGGCGACUACGGCGGCGGCUACGGCGACGCCCUGCUCAACGGCUCGCUGGGCGACUACGGCGGUGGCUACGGCGACGCCCUGCUCAACGGCACACUGGCCGACUACAGCGGCUACGGCGGCUACGGCGACGCCCUUCUCAACGGCUCGCUGGGCGACUACAGCGGCGCCCUGCUCAACGGCUCGCUGGGCGACUACGGCGGCGCCCUGCUCAACGGCACGCUGGGCGGCUACGGCGGCGCCCUGCUCAACGGCACGCUGGGCGACUACGGCGGCGCCCUGCUCAACGGCACGCUGGGCGACUACGGCGGCGCCCUGCUCAACGGCACGCUGGGCGACUACGGCGGCGCCCUGCUCAACGGCACGCUGGGCGACGACGGCGGCGCCCUGCUCAACGGCACGCUGGGCGACGACGACGGCGGCGCCCUGCUCAACGGCACGCUGGGAGACUCUUUUACUCCAACGAUACCAAACUAAUAAGUUGGGUGGACCUUUUGGGGCACAUUGCUUUAGUUUGUCGUGUAACUUAAGGAUGUUUCUGCUUGUACCGCUGCUUUAAAUAAAAUGUUUGCCUCAACUUUUGGUGAAGAAGCUGAAUUAGUGACUUUCAUUCAUUUGUAAUACUCGUUUGAGGGGUACAAUUUUCUAUUCAAAUACUUUCUCCACAAAGUUCAGGUUUAACGUAAUUUCCAGUUAAAUAUUUUAUCCAAGUCAUGCCUUGAAUAUUGUAUAAUUUCUGUUUGGCUGCAUGGUCUAUCCCGCAAACAUUUGUUGCUGCGCUAGCAUCCUGUUAAGGCUAGUGCAUAGCCAGGGUCAAGUACUCUUCACAGGAAGUCAUGUGAUGACAUUCUGUGACCGUUCUCUUUUGUGAGGUUUGUCAGCGCUUUGUGUACAUGGAGCCUAAACCUGAAUGCUACACGAUACCAUAUUUUGAGGAAGUAUUUUCUAUAUUUUGAAUACAAAAUGGCACAAGUA